AACAAACGUGCUCUUAAGUUUGACCUUCCAAGUCAAUUUGUCUGUUUCUACUUACACAAAACCCAGAUCGUCAAGAUGUCGGAAGAGAAAAUCGUCGCCGUGAUCAUGGUCGGCGGACCGACCAAAGGAACUCGUUUUCGCCCAUUAUCGUUCAAAACGCCCAAGCCGCUGAUUCCUUUGGCUGGGCAGCCAAUGAUCCAUCAUCCUAUUUCUGCUUGCAAAAAGAUACCAAACCUGGCUCAGAUUUUUCUGAUUGGGUUUUACGAGGAAAGAGAGUUCGCGUUGUAUGUUUCUUCCAUUUCUAACGAGCUCAAAAUCCCAGUUCGAUACUUGAAAGAAGAUAAGCCUCAUGGUUCUGCUGGUGCUCUUUUUCACUUUCGCGAUAGAAUCAUGGAAGAAAAACCAUCACAUGUUUUCCUCCUAAACUGUGAUGUUUGCUGUUCUUUCCCUCUCCAAGACAUUCUCGACGCACAUCGUCGAUAUGGUGGAAUUGGAACUAUGCUAGUAAUCAAGGUUUCUGCAGAAGCAGCAAGCCAAUUUGGAGAGUUGAUAUCUGAUCCUGAUACUAAAGAACUCUUGCAUUAUACAGAGAAACCAGAGACUUUCGUAACUCUCUCCUUGAAGUUUCCUGUUUUUUUCUUAUUUCCCUCACUGGUAUAUAUGGACUUUGCUAAGCUUAUAGAGGUUUCACUGAUGAUGCAGGUGAGUGACUUGAUCAACUGUGGUGUCUAUGUGUUUACCUCAGAUAUCUUCAAAGCCAUUGAAGGAGUAUACAACCAAAUGAGAGAGACGUCUAGCAACUACAGCCACUUCCAAUCAACUACAAGGUCUGUUCCUGCAGAUUUUGUGAGGCUAGAUCAAGAUAUAUUGUCACCACUUGCUGGAAAGAAGCAACUAUACACAUACGAAAAUAAGGAUUUUUGGGAACAGAUUAAGACUCCAGCGAAGUCUUUGAAAUGCUCGGACUUGUAUCUUUCUCAAUUCCGUGAAACAUCUCCUCAUCUUUUGGCUUCAGGAGAUGCUACUAAUAAGAAACCGAUGAUAGUUGGUGAUGUUUAUAUUCACCCAUCCGUAAAACUACAUCCAACCGCAAAGAUUGGUCCAAACGUGUCAAUCUCAGCAAACGUUCGUGUUGGACCUGGUGUAAGGCUUAUAAACUGCAUAAUAUUGGACGAUGUUGAAAUCAAGGAGAAUGCUGUUGUUAUAAACUCGAUCAUCGGUUGGAAAUCUUCUAUAGGUAGAUGGUCAAGAGUUCAAGCUAGUGGUGAUGACAAUGAGAGGCUUGGGAUUACCAUUCUUGGGGAGGCUGUGACAGUAGAAGAUGAAGUUGCAGUCAUAGGAAGCAUUGUUCUUCAGAAUAAGACUCUCAAUGCCAGUGUUCAAGACGACAUUAUCUUAUGAUUUAUCAGAGGAUGAUAUACUGAUUUUUUUAUUUUUUUUAAUAAUGCAAACAUAAGAAAAGUUACAGAACUGAGAGCUACUUUGCAUUGAGAUCACAUGAUUGUUACUUGUACUAUGAUUUUUAUAUACAGGAAGAAUCUAUGAAGC